AUGGGACGGUGUUUGUCUGUUGUGCUUGUGCUGGUCCUGGCGGGCGUCAGCUCCGCUCUCGCAGCUGGCCCGCAGGCACUCGCGCACGGGAAGCGGCAGGUCCAGCUGCGAGUCGACAGGGCGGCCGAGGGCAGGCGGUUCAUUUACACAUGGAACGGGCAGCCCGAUGAUGCAGACGGGACGGGGGCACGCAUGCUGCAGGAUCGCGGCUCGCUUGCACCCGCACCGCAGGCCGAAGAUCGGGAUCCUGAGAUGCUGAGCGAGGACAGGCUUCCGCCCGCACCCGAGAAUCGCACCGGCGACCCGCCCGCCGUGCUGAACGCGACGACAUCAAACGGCGCUGGAAGCGCGGCGCCCGUCGUCGAGGAACCCCCGAUCCUCCGUGUCGAUGAUGACGUCGCUUCACCGAGACCCGUGUCGUCGGAGCCGGUGUUUGGGUUCCCCCCGGACACCCCCUCGUUGUCCCCCAGCGCCAGUCUGCCGCUUGAAGCUCCUGACGCGUCGCUUGCGGAGCCAGCAGCCCGGCUCGACGUUCGGCCUGACGACGUCCCACAAGGCGCGCUCGACAUGGCUCUUCCAACCAGGCCGGCAAGCGCGCGAGCUGCGCCGCUCGUGGGCCCGGAGGGCGGCGCUGCGGUGGCCGAAGACACGUCAUUUGACCUUCCGAUGGAACUGGCGCAGAGUGGAGGUCUCCAGAUCGAGACAUUCGACACCGCCACGGGGAUGGUGAUGGAGCAGCGACGACUUGCGCGCGUUGAGCAGAGCGCCUAG